AGAGAGUGAGAGAGAGGAAGAAAAAGGGAGGCCGUGAGAGAGAGAAAGAGAGAGAGAGAGAGCAAGCAGCACAGCGGCUUUGAUUGUUUUCAUUUUUGUUUAAUGAUCAGUCCUCCGUCGGUGGUGCUUUGGGUAGGAAGGAAACACAGAUCGCUAGAUCAGUCUGACGGCCGCUGUGUCGGGAGCAGCCAGUCGCGAGCGCCAGGGCACUCCGCUAAACUUGGCAGAACACACACCUGUUGAGCAUGCUUUAUGCCUUGCACAGAGCGGCUAUGGGAGUCUGCAGAGCGUCUGUCUGAUCGCCUCUGGGAUCUAAGCAGCUGUCGCUCACUGACGCACGGGUGGAUUGUACUGCAGUUUCGCCUCCUCUGGCUAUAGUGGAGAGAUGUCAUCUCUUUAUCAUCGCAACAAGGACCUCUCGCGCACCAGAAAGUCGCUGUCGGACUCUCCCCCCUCCUCCCCCACUGCCACCACACAGACCUUCAGACAUGAAAGGGCGUCAAGGUCAGACUCCAGUGGUGGCGAUGGAGCCUCAGACAGGCUGCUCAGCCGGACCACCUCCUACACACGCCGGGAAAACCGCCUCGCGUCUCUAAACAAGACAGAGGAAGACUCUGGAAACAAAGACUACAGAAAGUUAUAUGAGGAUGCCUUGUCAGAGAAUGACAAGUUGAAAUCCAGGCUUGCAGAUAGCAAACAAGAGCUGGUUAAAAUUCGAAAUCAGUUGCAGAAAGUCACACAGAAACAGGACAGGAUUUCAGAAAGGUCUGGUGUGUAUGAAUCUGAAAAACGAGAAAAACUAGCCCUGGAGAAAAAGGUAUCAGACAUGGAGGAGGAGCUGAAGCAGCCAGCUCCAAUGAGAUUUCGCUGUGGUUACCAGCCUUGAGCUCGUCUUUGAUUGGAUCAUUGAAAAAGAGGGGUGGAGCAUGGUUUUGAACGAGUUAAAAUCAGACAAUCAGCGCCUGAAGGAUGAAAACGGAGCCUUGAUCCGUGUCAUCAGCAAGCUUUCGAAAUAAGAGGACCAAGAGCCGUGCGCACAAACACAGACGGCCCAGACCGACUCUAAGGCCCUCCUCUAUCGGUGUCAUCCACGUCUUGUAUUGAACUAGGACCGCUCAUUUAUUGGAAAUGUUUCACUGGUUCAUUAUUUCUUUGAUGCUCGAAGAUUGACAAAAGUAUUGUAGAAAAUUGACUAAACCUCCAGUACAGCAUCAAUGCAGACACACUCUGCAUAACCUCACUAGCCACACACGCAUAUGGUGAAAUGCCUUAUGUCUCAUUUACCACCUCAAAGCUUUACCGAACAUCAUGGAGAUUUUGUUGGUAUUUUGGAUCAUAGCAAUCACAGGUCCAACAGCAUCUCAGGCCUGAAUGCCUGUAUGUCAGUAUGACUGUUUGAGUGUGUGUUGUGUGUGUGUGUGUGUGUGUGUGUGUGUGUGUGUGUGUGUGUGUGUGUGUGUGUGUGUGUGUGUGUGUGUGUGUGUGUGUGUGUGUGUGUGUGUGUGUGUGUGCAUGUAUUACAAAGCACAUGCCAGUAUAAUUGUCACCAUUGGUCAAGGAAAAGGUCUAACACUUGUCUGUGCAUAUUUAUGUUAGUCAACAAGCUUUUUAUGUUUACAUGCAGAACAUAUACACAUUCAAAGAUAUAUUGAGAUAAAAGUAUUGACACAUAUAUGGAGAUGGUGGGGGGGGGGGGGGGGGGGGUCACUUGCCACUUUUGAUAAAAAUUCUUUAUGUUUAUUUAUGGUGUUUGGUUAGAGCUUCUAUAUGUACCAUAUGUAAUAUAUUUUCACUGAAAUAUUUAUCUUUCAAAGGCAUUUUAUAUGACAUUAGAUGAAUGUAAGUGCACAGAAUGUACAACACUAUAUGAUCACUAGGUCCUAAUACUCAAUUUUAGUUUGCAUGGUACAUACAUUUUAAAGAUAAUGCAGAAACAAUUCAGUAAUAAAUGCCUUAAAUAAAAAAGUGUUUUCAUGAUAAAAAA